AUGGAGCAAUCUCGAAAAUCAUCGGAGAAGGAAAAAGUUGCGCUACGACAGGCUCAAGAGGCCAUAGUUGCCAAAGAAUCAGCUAUUGCUGAAGCUACACAGGCUACCACCCGAGAGAAUUUUAUGCUCGAGUUGAUGACUGAAGCUAGUUUGGAUAUGACAGGAAAAAGGGUAUCAAUUCACUACAAAACUGGUGCAAUUGCUGGUUAUAUUAGCCAAGACAAUGUGCAAGUUGGUGGUCUAGUUGUGAAAUAUCAGAAUUUUAUUGAAGCUUCGUUGGAACCAAGUAUUACUUUCAUGCUUGGAAAAUUUGAUGGCAUUGUUGGUCUUGGGUUUAAAGAAAUGUCAUUCGGGGGUGCCGAACCUAUUUGGUAUAACAUGGUUAGCCAAGGUCUGGUUGGUAGCCCCGUUUUCUCACUCUGGUUCAAUCGACAUGCUGGUCAAGUGAAGGGAGGAGAAAUAGUUUUUGGAGGAGUUGAUCCUAAUCAUUACAAGGGAAGACAUACAUAUGUCUCUGUUACUAAGAAGGGAUACUGGAAGUUUGACAUGGGUGACGUCUUGAUUGGAGGAAACUCCACAGGAUUAUGUAAAUCUGGUUGUGCAGCAAUAGUAGACUCGGGAACUUCAUUUCUUACUGGCCCCACGGCGAUAAUUACUGAAAUAAAUUGGAGAAUUGGUAUACCUAGGAGAGUGAGCAAAGCGUGCAAGAACGUUGUUUCAAAGUUUGGGCGGCAGAUCCUGGAUUUGCUGCUAAAGCGGAUAUUGCUAAGAAGGAUAUGUGACAUACUUCGUUUAUGUUUAUUUGUUGGACCUCAUGGUGUAAGUGACGACAACGCCGGUAUUCAAAGUUUAGAAGAUGAAGUUAGGACAUCAAAUGGUUUUAUUGUGUGCAAAGCUUGUGAAUGGAUUGUUCAAUGGGCGGUGAAGCAUAUUGCAGAUAAUCAGACUGAGGAUUCUAUAUUGCAUACCAUUAACGAGAUGUGUGACCAUAUUCCUAUCCCUGCGGGAGAAUCAUUCGUGGAUUGUGGAGAACUUAAAUUCAUGCCUGACAUCGCCUUCUCCAUCGGGACCAAACAGUUUGUGCUCAAACCCGAACAAUACAAAGUGAAGAUUGGUGAGGGUGAUGAUACCCGGUGCAUGAGUGGAUUCUCAGCUAUGGACGCUCCUCCUUCCGGUGGCCAUCUCUGGAUCUUGGGUGAUAUAUUCAUGGAAGCCUAUCACACGGUCUUUGACUAUGGAAAUAUGAAGAUUGGGUUCGCCGAGACAGCAUAA